UGUUGUCGUUGAAAGGGGUGGACAACUCGCUUUCUUAAUUGCUCGUUCGAUGAAUUGAUGUAAUGCGAGUGUGCUUUUGGGCGAAUGGAUGCCCUGUCGAAGCUGGAAACACUCGCCCUGAGUGAAGAAGCGAGUUGCCUGGAGAUCGGCCGAGUCUUGCGCGAGUUGAGGACCCCUGCCCUGCUCGAGUCCACUGAUGCCCCCAGAGUGACGGCAGUUGUGGCCAGGUUGUUGUCUGCGACGCCGGAAGCCGCUGUGCUGAACCUGAGUGCCCAGGUGUUGUUCAACCUGUCGGUCAUUCACCGACCUGUCCUCCCGGACCUGUGGGCCGUCUUUGGCCCGAGGUGUGCCGCCAUGCUCGGGGAUUCGUCGACCGAACGCGUGGCGGCCUUGAUUGUCCACGCGUGUGGCCAGGGCCGGGUCUUCGGGGUGGAGCACGUGACGGAGGACUUGUGGGACGCGCUGUUGGGAUCCGAGUGCGAAGAGUCGUUGCUGGGGAUCGAGGCCGUGUUGGCGUUGCCCGACGCGUUCCGGGCCCUGGGCAAGCGAUCGAGUGCCGCCCUGCACUACGUUUCCGCCGCCGUCGAGUCCGGAACGGCACCGAAGCACUUUGCCGCCUUCUUGCCGAGCGUAGUCGAGAGGUUUGAGGAAUUGGUCGACUGCUCUGUGCUCAGAAACGCUGGCGGAAACCUGGUCGUCGAAGAACAAGUGGAAGAGUUGGUGGCUUGCUUGGAUCUCCUCGGGACAGUCACUGCCAAAGAUGACGACGUGAGAGACGGUCUGCAGAAGCCGUCGCUUGUGGUUUGCGUUGCUCACUUUUUGAAAGCUUUGGAAGACGCGACAAAUCCGACGCAACAAGUGCUGAGCGAAAAGCCGGUGGUGAGCAUGGAUGCCAUCAAUGCUGUUCGUAGCGGACAAAUUUGCGAGGGAAUCACCGACUCUCCCGUGUUUGAGCUGAAGCAGAAGUUGCUUAAACUCGUGGGCAACUUGGUUUACAGGAACCGAGAAGCUCAAGAUUUGGUGCGCGAGUCAGGUGGUGUCAUUGCCGUGCUGAACUCUUGUGGCAUGGACGCCCGGAAUCCUUACAUGAUGCAGUGGGCUAUUUUGGCCAUCAGGAAUCUUUGCGAAGGCAACUUGGAGAACCAGGAGCUGAUCAAGUCGUUGACCAACAAAGGCCUGGCUCCCAGUGCGCGCGCCGUGUUGGAUCAGUUUGGCCGCGACGGCGACAAGUUGGAGCAGGCAACAACAUGCUCGAGAAUGAGCAGCAGCACCACGUUGCAAAGUGAUGAUCGUUCGCGACGAAGCCGCUCCAAGAAACGACACGCGCCUCCGCCGCCGUCUCUCCUCAUUUCUCCGUCGUCGUCGAUUGUGCGUCAGAAACGUCGGGCUCCGCAGCCACCAUCCCGCGCAAAUGACUGCGGGCGUGGAAAAAAGCAACGACAGAGAAGGUGGAAGACAGAUGGGAAUGAUGAGCGUUGUUUUGUUUGUGUCGUUGUUGCCGACAGCAGCUUUGUGAUAGAUGCGUCGGGCCACCUGCGCCCCGUCGACAGCCGGGCGAGUACGCGGCAGCCCGUCCCGACGCCGCAAAAGACGCUGGUGUGCGUGCCACGGCCCUGGUACAAGCGGAGUCACUCCACGUCCCGGGCCUCGACGCUCGCGUCGUCCUCCUCGGCGACGUCCACUUUGCGACGCCUUUUCCUCGCUGGCGGCAAGAUGUUCUCUCCUCUGCAGCGUCGGGAGUCGAUGACGAGUGUCGCGUCUGCUGAAGACUUGGCCUGCAACACGCUCCAGUUCCUGCACGAGUUGACUGCCAAAGACGACGGACUGGGUGCAGUUGCCCAUCCGGCAGCAGUGGCAGCUGCUGCCAGCACGGACGUGACGCGAGUGCGGAACGUUUCUGCCCCAGCCAACGAGGAGUACGACUUCAUGCCCUUCCGAGUGACGACGACGGACGUGACGCGGCUGUACAACGAGGCGCAGGUGGUGCGGACGAACCCGGACGGGACGACGCAAGUGAUGCCACUCAACGAGUGCCUCGUGCUGCUGCCGACGGGCAUCGACGGCACGGGCCUCCGGGUCAUUGGACGGGACGCCAAGCUGAAGGACGUGCAGACGUCGAGGAUGCAUCUGCAGCGCGUGUUAGCCAAGAACAUUGCGCGGGAGGUGGAGACGAGCCCGACGGCGUCGGCCGCGGUGGUGCAGUUUGCGGAGCAGCAUCUGGAGGACGACGUGGUUGUAGAGCGUGUGAGUCUGCUGCAGCCCAGGCUGCGGGCCAGGCUUGUUGGUGUCGACGUGCUCCGAGAUAGGUUUUCCGCCCAGCCGUCGCCGCUUGUCCCGCUGCCCAGGCCGCAGGAUUGUCUCCGACGGGCCGUUGUGCUUCAGGGCAAAGACAUUCAUCUUGAUCCGAGGACUUGCGGCUGCUUCAGGAGGCUCUUGACGGAUUAUCAGCAGCAGCAGCAACAAGGUGCUGACAGUAUUUUGUGCAAAAACUCUCUCAGGUUGCAGCUGUUUGUGGAAAGCUCGAGCGCGCAUUACGGGCCGAUUUUCCUGCAUUGUUGCUGGCUCUGCAAGCUGGAGCAUGUGCAGGAAAGAACGUCGAGGGAAUUGCUGAUCCCUCCGCAUUACCAGAAGUGGAUCAUUGGAAGGACGCUGGUGACCAACUUCCGAUGGAGUCUGGCGAGCUAUGGGAUCAAGGAGAACGGCUGUUCCAUCUUUUUGUACGUCGUCGAGAAUCUUGUGGCCAAGCCAGUUAGCCAGGCGCCCGACUCCCCUGAACCCGCUGCUCUUACUGUGAGGUCAAUAGAAGAACAGCUUGAAGUUGCGAUGCAAGUUCUAAAGACUGGGCUUCAAAGUGAUGCAAUUCCCCUAUCGUCCGAUGCCACCAAAGAUAAGCUGAAGAGAGUCGCGAUGGAAGUCAAAACCGAUGCCCUGAAAUUGUCCCCAACCGAUGAGCCGCCGGCGGAUGCUGAACUUGCUGCUGCUGUUGCUGCCGAUGAUUCUUUGUCUGCUCUGGAAACAGAGUCGGGAAAGAAUGGCGACGAUGGUCGUGGCAGUGGCAGCGGCAGCAUUAUUCUGUCGACGCCCGAGAGACGACGCCCGUUUUCCCGUGGUGGGUGCAGCAGGAGUGCAUUGUCUGAUAAGCGGGAGUCUACUCCGCACCCUGUCAAGGAAGUGCCAGCGGGCCGAGUGGAUCCCGAUGAGGUGCCGGGGAGCCCCGAGCCUCACGCCAGCUCCGUUGCUGUCGUCGUUGCAAAGGCCGCCGUCGAGGAAAAGGAGCAAGUGAUUCGCAUAUCAGUGCCGGGCAAGGACAGAGAAAGAGACGGAGACAAGGACACGGACAAGAUCGAGUCCAAGCCCAAGUUCGUGUCGUCUGUUUGUGUCGCGUACGAAAGGGCGGGCAAGGCGAGUGCCAGUCCGAGCAGGAGCCCCGUGUGGAUCGCAGAUAAGCUGCUUCCUGCAUGUAGUCUUUUAGCGUUUAAUCGAAUGCGAAUGGUCUCAUCCACUGCUGUGAUUCGGUGCCUUAAUCAAAGCAUGGUUCCGCUUGUCGUCGUGUCCUGCUAA